AUGGCUUUUUCUAUUAACGAUAAUAUGCUUCUCGCUGGAGUUAUGAUAAUUAGCGCCUUGGUAGCUACAUGUUCUGCUAAUUUCAACCAAGACUUUGAUGUUACAUGGGGUGAUCAUCGCGCUAAGAUAUUCAACAAUGGUCAGCUUCUAUCUCUUUCUCUAGACAGAACCUCUGGCUCAGGAUUUCAAUCCAAGAGAGAAUAUUUAUUUGGUAGGAUUGAUAUGCAACUCAAACUCGUUGCUGGAAACUCUGCUGGAACCGUCACUGCUUACUACUUAUCAUCACAAGGACCAACCCAUGAUGAGAUUGAUUUUGAGUUCUUGGGGAAUGUUAGCGGUGAUCCAUACAUUCUCCAUACAAACGUGUUUUCUCAAGGCAAAGGAAACAGAGAACAGCAAUUCUAUCUCUGGUUCGACCCAACCAAGAACUUCCACACUUACUCUAUCAUCUGGAAGCCACAGCACAUUAUAUUCUUAGUUGACAAUAUUCUCAUAAGAUUGUUCAAGAAUGCUGAAUCUGUCGGUGUUCCAUUUCCAAAGAACCAACCAAUGAGAAUCUAUUCAAGUCUAUGGAAUGCUGAUGAUUGGGCUACACGAGGUGGUUUGGUGAAAACGGAUUGGUCCAAAGCACCAUUUACAGCUUACUACCGCAAUUUCAAAGCCACCGAACUCUCUUCCAACUCAUUCUCUGAUUCAACAUUGCAGAGCAAUGAGCUUGAUGCUUAUGGUAGAAGAAGAUUGAGAUGGGUUCAGAAGUACUUUAUGAUAUAUAAUUACUGCAAUGAUCUUAAGCGAUUCCCACAAGGUAUUCCCGUCGAGUGUAAGCGUUCAAGGUUCUGA